AAGAAACGACUAAAACCAGGGCAAAUCUACCAUAAAGAGAAGAAAAUGAUCGGAGAAAAACGACCGAACGGCUUGUUCUUCUUUAAAUAUUAAACAACAUAAAUGAUGUCCUAUACCACCUGUUAGCAAUUUCGAUUGCAUCUUGUAGAACCAGUGACUACAUUUUGGACAGUUUUGAUAGACUCGCUGAUACCAUACGCUAGCUAACGUUAGACAGACAGUGACGCGAUCUAUUUCCUCCAGGUUUUGCUUGGUUGAAUCUGCUGCUUAACUACAUUAAAAAAAUUACUCGGUGCUUUCUGCAUUCUUCUGAGUUUGUUGGGUUUUCGUCGAGGGAAAUCUCUAACAAUGGUACAGAAAGAAAAAACGUUAGAGGCGCCUCAAGUGGAGGGCGAGCCGAGCCCCAGCCCAGUCUCCGGAGAUUCUUGUGCCGAGGCCCCUGGCCCAGUGGAAGAGUCCAGCAUUGGAGUCGAGCCGACGGGCCACAGAAAAUUCAUAAGUGGAGUCGUGGAAGGCUUUUACGGUCGACCAUGGACAAUGGAACAGAGGAAGGAGUUGUUCAGAAGGCAGCAGAAAUGGGGACUGAAUACAUACCUUUAUGCACCCAAAGAUGACUACAAACACAGAAUGUUCUGGAGAGAGCUUUACUCAGUGGAAGAAGCAGAGCAACUUAUGACUUUAAUUGGUGCUGCCAAGGAGCAUGGGAUAGAGUUCAUCUAUGCCAUUUCCCCUGGACUAGACAUCACCUUCUCCAAUCAGAAAGAGGUUUCUGCACUCAAGAGGAAACUUGAUCAGGUUUCUCACUUUGGCUGCAAGUCAUUUGCCUUACUUUUUGAUGAUAUUGACCACAACAUGUGCCCUGCUGAUAAAGAGGUGUUCAGCUCAUUUGCACACGCUCAGGUUUCCAUUACGAACGAAAUCUACCAGUACCUGGGAGAGCCCGAAACCUUCCUCUUCUGUCCCACAGAGUACUGUGGGACUUUCUGCUACCCAAGUGUCUCUCAAUCCCCCUACCUCCACACAGUAGGAGAGAAGCUCCUACCUGGCAUUGAUGUGCUAUGGACAGGCCCCAAGGUUGUGUCCAAAGAUAUUACAGUGGAAUCAAUUGAGGAGGUGUCAAAAAUCCUAAAAAGAGCCCCAGUGAUCUGGGACAACAUUCACGCAAAUGAUUAUGACCAGAAGAGGCUUUUCUUGGGUCCAUACAAGGGGCGCUCCACAGAGCUCAUCCCCAGACUGAAAGGAGUCCUCACCAACCCAAACUGCGAGUUUGAGUCCAACUUUGUAGCGAUCCACACUCUGGCCACCUGGUACAAGUCUAAUAUGAAUGGCGUGCGCAAGGAUGUGGUCAUGACGGACGGUGAGGACAGCACAGUGUCCAUCCAGAUCAAGUUAGAGAAUGAGGGCAGUGAUGAAGAACUGGAGACAGACAUGCUCUACAGCCCACAGCUUGCUCUAAAGCUGGCUCUCACAGAAUGGCUUGGGGAAUUUGGUGUGCCUCAUCAAUACAACAGCCGACAGGUGCCUCAGAGUGGUGCCAAAGGCACAGCCAUAGACGUGUCAUCCAUGGCUGCUCCCUCUCUCUGCUCCUCCACAACAGUCACGACUGUGUUCCAGCAGCCCAUCAUGUCUCCAGCCAUGCCGCCUCUCUGUCUGGAUCCACUCUCACACCCCAUGGCAAAAAGACCUCAGGAGGUAGAGGAGGUGGAGGUGGAGAAGAAGGAUUCAGAUGAGGAGCCCAUGGAGAUGGUGGUUGAGAAGCAGGAUGAGCCAGAGGCUGAAGCUGAAGCGGACCCAGAGGGGAAGCAUGUUGGUCCUAUCUUAGCUGAGAAGAUGGCUGAGGACCUGAAGCCCAUGGAUACAGACAAGGAGAGUCUGAUAGAGUCAAAGUCCCCUGAAGAGUCACUCCAGGAAGACUCUGGGAGUGAUAUUGCCCCUAUGCAGACAGAUGAUCAGCUCAAACAAGUUCCGCAAACAUUUGAUGUGUUUGUGCCUGGGCCCAAUGAGAAGCCCCUGUUCACAGCAGAGCCCCUCACACUCGAGGACCUGAGCUUGCUGGCAGAGCUCUUCUACCUGCCUUAUGAACAUGGACCCAAGGCCAUGCAGAUGUUAAAGGAGUUCAACUGGCUGCGCGCCAACAGCAGUGUCGUCAGUGUCAACUGCAAGAGAAAGGAAACUGAAAAGGUAGCAGAAUGGCAAUCAAGGGCUGAGAAGUUUGAGGAGAUGUGCUGCUCCGUCAUCCAGAUGUUCACGCGGCUGUCCAAUUCAGCCAACCGCACCAUCCUGUACGACCUCUACCCUUACAUCUGGGACAUCAAGAGCAUCAUUUCUAUGGUCAAGUCUUUUGUCCAGUGGCUAGAUGGAAGAAUCCACAGUACAAGUUUCUACUGCUAUUGGAUCGACAGUGGCCGAUGGUGUCGUAGUCAGUCCUCAGCACAGUUCCUUAGAGGAGACCAAGAGCCCUGGGCCUUUAGGGGAGGUCUAGCAGGAGAGUUCCAGAGAUUGUUGCCAAUAGAUGGUGCAAACGAUCUUUUCUACCAACCUCCACCUUCAAUGCCAACCUCCAAAAUCUAUUCCAUAAGGCCAUACUUUCCCAAAGAUGAGGGUGCAGUUUAUAAAAUCUGUAAAGAAAUGUACUGUGAAGGAAUGGAGGAUGCACCUUUCUCUGAUGACGAUCCUGACCUCAUAGGAGACAGGUUAGUGGGAGGUCUCCUGACACUGAGCUCAGACUAUGGGUUUGUGCUCGAGGAUGAUGAAGGGAUCUGCGGUUAUGCUCUUGGAACUGUGGAUGUCAAGCCCUUCAUCAAGAAAUGCAAGUUGAACUGGAUUCCCUUCAUGCAAGAGAAAUACCACAAGCCUGACUGCCAGAAGGACCUCACAGAGGCUGAGAAAAUGAUGCUGAGUUUCCACGAAGAGGAGGAGGGUCUUCCAGACUCUUUCCUCUCCAACUUCCCCUCUCUCAUUAAGGUUGACAUUCACGCCAAGGUCACUGACCCCAGUGUGGCCAAAAGCAUGAUGGGGUGUCUUCUAUCUUCUCUAAAGGCCAACGGGUCCCAUGGUGCAUUUUGCAAGGUUCGUCAGACUGAUAAGAGAAUGUUGGACUUCUAUAGUAAGCUGGGAUGCUUUGAAGUGGCCAAAAUGGAGGGCUUUCCCAAAGACAUCAUCAUUAUGGGACGCAGCCUAUGAAGAAACGUCCUGCUACAAUGAAAGACAGAGAGAGCAAGUCAACGCGGCUCAAACAUGUUUGCUACCUUCAUGAGAAAAAACUUCCAUGAUGAUUUUAUACUACAUUACCAUCUGGGCUAGCCCCGGGAGACCUCUUUUUAGGAUUUGUGUACAGAAGCACAGCAGUCGCACACACAGAUUCCCUGUGCUGCCCUUAGAUGCUAUGGCUCUGUUGGAUUCAGCAGAUCCGAAGCUAAAAGGCCGAGGAGUGAUGUGUAGUCAGAUGAUUUGAGCCAACAUGGAAGAGUGGCACUCCAGUACUGAUUUCUGGGGUCCCACUACUCAUAUACCUCCAGGAGGCAGGAAGCGAUAACUCCAUAAGCCUUUUACUGAUUUAAUCCAGUAGCCAUUACAUGGAUUUUGCCCGCAUGCCCUAACGCAAAGUGUCUGUAUCUGAAAUGGAGGCAGAGCUGUGAAAUGAGGGCGGCCUGUAUCUCAGGUAGUGGCUCACUACCCCCACGUCCUGCUUUCCCAGCUUUGACGUAGAGAAUAGCACAGCUGUCGACAUAAGUAGGACACCUUUAUACAGGAUGUGAGGUGCUAUGUGAGAGUUUGCCUUUCAUCAUCACAUCAUGGUAUUUCCAGUUCCUCCACAAUAGACAUGGAGAAAGAUGCCUUUUAAGUGGCGUAUUUCUAACAAAACGUAAUGUGAAAUGCUGCGUCUGCACACGAGGAGGGUGAAACAUUGUAGCUUUCGGGGUUCAUGAAACCCUUGAUAGAAGAUCGUCACAGACCAGCAAAAUAUUUGUUGAGACUGUUGAAGACUCAACCGGGAGGCCAUCUGAAUUUCUGUUCAAGUAGUAGUAGACAUUUGGAAAGCGACAGAAAAGCUUCCACGAGUUUACAAACAUGGUUCCCAGCCUGUUUCUGUUCAGCGCUUUGCUUUUGGCCAUUUGUUUCUUUUUUUGUGAUUCAGCAGUUCUUUUGCUUAUUUCCCCUUUGAGCUGUUGCCUUUUGGUUCAUUGCCUUUGGAUUUUAGGUUUAUAUUGCAGACCCCUAGUGUCUUUUGUGUAAACGCUGUCAAACAUGUGUCAGAUAAAACUAGAGAAGAGUGAUUUUGAACAUUGGCCUUGUUGUUGCUUAAAUUCCAGAGACGUAGCCUGACAUUGACAGUCACAUGUCUUAGUUUUGCCCCGCCGGAUCCCAAACUUCAGCACAGACAUCCUUCAGUGAACCCUAGCCCUGACUGGUGGGGAUAUCGCUGUCAGAGAAAGCUCAGACUAGCUCAGUCUAGUUAACUUAUGUAAAAUUACUAAAUGUUAUGGAAAUUUUAAGUUUUGUCUUUUAUAAGUUUGUGUAAGUAGUUAAAAUGUCAAGUUUACUUGUAUACACAGGUCCUCUUUGAAAGAAUGAAAACCAAAAUCAACAUUUCCUGAUAGCAGUAUCCAGUGGGACCAAAAUCCUGGUAUUCUGAUCUGCUCUAGAAAAACAUUUUUCAACAAUUCACAUUGAAAUUACAUGAGGUGAAAUGAUGUAAAAUCAUAAAAAUAUAGAAGCAUUAAGCUCCCACUGUCAUAAAGCUGCUCAGCUCUUCAUAACCACUAAUCCAAGACUUGUAAAUCAACAAUUGACCUGGACUGCAGUUGCAGAUGUGCCAUGCUAUAAAUCAUUGGUAAUCGUGAAUAAUCAGUUUACACCUGUCAUUCGUCUUCCCUCCCUGCUCUGUUCUCAACAUUGCACACUCUCAAACGAAUGUCCUCUCAGUUGAGCCUUGCGAGCGCACUAAGGAUCGCCGAGGCCGUUAAAUCCUGUCACCAAAUGUCACCAAAGUGGCACUGACUCCCACACUGUUGAACUGUAUUUGUGGGGGUGUGAAGCAGAUAUUUCUAGGCCUUUUACUAUGUGUCCGUUGAAUGUUUGAUAUUCUGACGCAUUUCCCAUUUGUUUUUGUAAAUCUAUAUAGUUGAUUUAAAAAAAAAAAGAAGCACUUUGACUAUAGUUAGGAGUGUUCUGUUGGUUACAUGAGGAUCAUCAGUUGCUCUUCAGUAGCUGCCUGCCAAUGUGAUGUUUUGAUACUGUGUACAUUCAUAAUGUGCAUGAGGUGUAUUGGAUUUGCUGUGGCAGUCAUUAGAAUAACCUCAUCUUAUGCUACAAAGAGGAGGAAGCAUGCCACUCACCUCUAUGAGCAUAAUACUGUAGUAUGUAGACAGUCUGUUAACACUGUCAAUCAUAAAGUGUUAUUAUUUUGUAUAUCUUUAUUGAAACUGUUGCUUGCAAUUUGUUUUUCUUCACGGAAAACAAAAUGCUGGCCUUGUUACAAUGCCCUGUCCUGUACAGCCGUCCUACCUGGCUGUUUUUCAGCAAGGUGUGAAACUCACUAACAGAUGUUACGAACGUCUUCUGAAACAACAGCAGAAUUUUCACACUUGUUUUAAAUGGUUAAUUUUGCAGUUUUCCGACAUUCUGACUUUCUCCUCUGCCAAGCGGGUUUGAUAGAAAAUGGGCUGUGACUAAGAGAAAGGGCUCCAAUUGUACAUUUUGAUUAUCUGAGUUUAAAGGGGACGGGGAUCAUACAAAUGUCAGUUUACCAAUGUAAAAUUUGUAUGUAAAAUACAUAAGAUUAAAAACUAAUAAAUCAUAAUAAGUUACUUUGUU